AUGGGAGUGACUUACCUGUGGCAAAUCCUUGAGCCUGUGAGGCAACCUGUCAACAUAAGUAGUCUCAGAGGGAAAACACUUGCUGUUGAUUUAAGUUUAUGGGUUUGUGAAGCACAGACUGUUAAAAAGAUGGUUGGAGUAGUUACCAAGCCACAUCUCAGAAACCUGUUUUUUCGGUUUUCUUUCUUUGCAUCAAUGGGAAUUAAACUCGUGUUUGUCAUGGAGGGAGAGGCCCCCAGGCUGAAAGCAGGCACCAUGAGCAAGAGGAAUGAGAUGCGCUAUGGGCCUUUGAAGAAAGCUGGAGCUGUAAGAACAGGGAGAUCUUUAUUUACAGCCAUGUUAAAAGAGUGUCUUGAACUGCUGGAAUGUUUAGGUGUCCCUUGGGUUCAAGCAGCUGGAGAGGCAGAGGCAAUGUGUGCCUACCUAAAUGCAAAAGGACUUGUUGAUGGCUGCAUUACCAAUGAUGGAGAUGUUUUCUUGUAUGGAGCUCAAACAGUUUAUAGAAACUUUGCCAUGAAUGCUAAGGAUCCACAUCUUGACAGUUACACAAUGUCCUCUAUUCAAGAGAAACUCGGUUGUGACAGAGAGUCUUUGAUUGGGCUAGCAGUUCUUCUGGGUUGUGAUUAUCUUCCAAAGGGGGUUCCAGGAGUUGGGAAGGAGCAAGCUUUAAAGUUAAUUGAGACUCUGAAAGGUCAAAACUUAUUGCAAAGGUUUGAGCAGUGGAAGGAACAAUUUCAGCAUGAUGAUAAUCCACUUUUUGUUGUUAAAAGGGUAAUUCACUGUUCAGAGUGCCAUCAUCCAGGAUCUUACAAGGAACAUGAGCACAAUGGAUGUAAAUUCUGUGAAAGUGUGAGAUGCUGCAAGCCCAGUGACUCCAAACACCGCUGCCCCUGUGCAUGGCAUCAGUGGGAGCGAGUGAAACAAGCAAAUGCAGUGGAGGACAGUAUCAGAAAAAAAGCCAUGAGUUGUGAGGGCUUUCCAUUUUCUGAGGUUAUCCAAGAGUUUCUUAUAAACAAGAAUAAAUUGAUCAACAUAAAGGAAUGUCGAAGGCCAAAUUUAUUGUCCUUUCAGCUAUUUGCUUCAGAGAAGAUGGAAUGGACCAAACAUUAUGCUUGUAAGAAGCUGUUAGCACUUUUGACACGUUAUGAUAUGAUCCAGAGAAAAUCUGGAAACAUUGACUCAAAACAACUGCAGGCAAUACGGAUUGUUAAAACACGCGUUAAAAAUGGAAUUCCUUGUUUUGAAAUUGAAUGGCAAAAACCAGAACAUUAUGUUGAUCCAGAAGAUGAGCCUGUGGAGUUGUUUGUAGUCACGGUAGAAGAAGAGUCUUUGUUUCAGGCUGCUUAUCCUGAUGUUGUUGCCCUCUAUCAAGUGGAAAAGUCAGACAUACUUCAGAAGAAACAGAAAAAAAAGAAAGACAGAUCAGAAGAAAAGGAAUUACCAAAUUCUUAUGAUGAAAUUACCAGUCUUCUGUCUCAAAUUAAUUUAAAGCCUACGCACAGAAUUCUUCCUGUGCAACACUCCAUGUCAGAUACAAAAUCUCUCCCAGAAGAUCAGACACAGCAGAGAAGUACUGGAUCAAAAGAUGUAGCAUUACCUUCAGCUUCCUGCCUAACAUCAGUUCAUGUGUCAACAUCAGCAGCUGCUCUUGCUGACUCAUCUGUGCCCUCACAGUGCACUAAGUAUUCAGGGAUGUCAUCCUCUUCCUUUGUACCUGGUCUGCAGCUGAGCAGUACUGAUGGGAAAGGAACCUCCUUCAGCACAACACCAGCCCAUGGAGGUGAUGACCAUGAUCCAGCAGCUGACUUAACCACAUGCAUAAAGUACUCACAUCCACUAAGUCAUGAAACAGUAAGAAAUAGCUCAGAAUAUUCUGAUGUUACACAGUCUGAUAUACAUUCUGAUAGUGAAGAUGAUUUGUUCACAAAUUAUGCUGUGGGACAAAUUCAGGAGUGGUCUUUAAGUGAGAGAAUACUUAAGAAGGCUCCCAUUCCAUCACAGCCUUUGUCUGAAGAUGCAGUGCAACUGGAGUCUUUUAAUUGUUUUAAACAACCAAAAGAAACAUUGAAUCCUGAUAGAAAUCAUGUCUCUUCCUCAUGUCAGUUAAAUAACCCAGUGCAGGAAAAUAAAAAUCUUCUAUCAGAAAACUCUGCUAGUAAAUCCAGCCUACAUAUCUAUCAAGAUGCAUACAAAAAAGCUGACAUCCUGGCUGAAAUGGUGCACAAAGACCCUUCUAGAAGUGGUUCAGCAUCUCUAGCCUGCAGUGGGAAAACAACAGAGACACUUCAUCCUGGGUGUGAAAUGCUUCCAGCAUCUCAAAAGGCAGCAGAUGCAACUGUCUGUCACAUUAAAGAAGCUUGUAUUGAAACUACUUGGAAAGUUUCUUCUAAGAAGAGUGUCUGUCAGAACAGAUGCUCUUCCAGCGAAGACAGUGAUGAUGGGCAUGUGGAUAAAAUCCUGGUUUAUGAGCAGCAGAAAAGGCAACUGAACCCUGGCCAGUUCAAGAAAUGUUUUACAAAGAAAAAGGGCAGCAUUGUUACUAGCAAAAGGACAAACAGUGACUCAGCCCUUACAAUUAAGGGGAAGAAUAAAAUGACCAAUUUAAAGAAAGCUGCCAACAGUUUCUCAGUGCAAGCAGCUCCAAAACCGUCCUCUGUAGAGGAAGUUAAUUGUUCCCGAAGUCCAGAGAGACCAAUUGAAAGAUUGGGUUCUGAUCCCACACAGCAAGAGAAAAGUGCUGUUCUGACUUCUGCGUGGGCAGACAGUCCCCUUCCCCUGUCUGAAAGACUGAAAGGAAGAAUCAAAAUCAAUUAG